AUGGCCGAUACAUUUUUAUUGACUGAGGCUUAGAUAACUCAAAAGAAACCUGUAUAACUGAGUCCUCCGAAAGUAGAAACUGAAGCAGAGAAGAAAGAAAGACAUUGGUAAUAGAUUUUGAAUAAAAUUCUAUUCAAUCCUCCUAAUGAUGAUUAUUAUCAAAAAUGGCCAAUAAAACCAGGUUAAUUUAAAUUCAUUAACAUUUUAUAGGAAUAUUUUUCUAUAAGGCUUUAGCUUUAGGAAAAUUACCAACAGAAUAAAUAAGAGUCAACAUUCCUGAAAGUAUAAUGUGUUUUGAAUAAACAUAUAUUUUAAUGUAUACAGAUCCAAUUACAGGAUAAUUGAUAAGAAAAACAGAUAUAGGAUAUUAGGAUUUUGAGAAUAAAGUAUUAAUCAAUUAAAUUAGGUUCAUUAAUAUCAUGAAGAAUAUUUGAAACGUCAUGUAAAAGAUGAUAGAUUUGAAAAGAGAACUAAUGUAUUUGAGAAUUAGGAUAGUCCAUAUAUAAUAAGUAGAGGUCAAACUGGAUAGGAUUGGAAUAUGUCUAAAGCUGUAUAUACAUUCCGAUAAUAAAAAGAGAGAAAAGUUUAAUUAGAUAACAAUAAAUUAGAAUAGCGAUUUGUUAUAUCAAGAGUAAUGAAAGCUACAAUAGUUCGACUUGUAUUCUAUACUAAGAAUUCAAAAUCAUCUCAUGCUAAUUAUGGUUAUCGAAUAAUGAAUGUAAUGGAAUUAUAUGAUCCAAAUCCCAAAAAAUCUAUAACUAAUAAAACUACAAUCAAUACAGAACAAUAAAAUUCAUUUACUAUUCAAUAAAUAAAGGGAGUUGGAUUAUAUGAAUAUGAAAAGGUUUGUGAUUAGAUUGUCUCUUAUUUAGAAAAGAAUUAUCCUGUUAGAAUAAAAACAGGUGUCUUUGAUUUUCUAUAAGAUCCAGAAGGUAGAAUUUGGUUAUUCAAUUGUAAAUAAUUAAUAAUGGAAAAUGCUAUUUCAAUGAGUGAAAUUCAAGGAGUAGGAUAAGGAAAGAAAACACUUGAUUAAUUGACUUGUUCAGUUUAUUGUAAAUUGUGUGGCAUCAUAUUUAAGAAAGAUGAUGCUAGUAAAACACUUACUUAUAAAUUAUUAUGGGAAUUAGUUUAACAUUUAAAAAAGAGAAAUAAAUAAUUGACAAAUAUAAAAGUAUCUCAUUUAUCUACAAGACCUUGUAGAGUAUGUGAUGUAUGUUAUAUGUUAAUUGUUGGAGAACAUGAAUUAGUUGAAAUUGAAUAGAAAUUUGCUAUAGCUUAAAACAUUCCAUUAGGAGAUGCUAUUAUAAGAGUUCCUAUGGAUAGUAAACCAAAACAUAGACCAGCUCUAUUGAAUGAAUAAUUAUAUUAAUGGAGAUUACUCUUUUAUUUAGAAAUGGUUGAUUUAUAAGGUAAGAGAUUAAUAGAUUUAAAUGGUAAUCCUGUUGGAGAUCUAAAGAAUAUUGUAUUACAAUAUCGUUUACAUCAAUCAAAAUCAUCAUUUAAAACACAUAUCAUUAAAGAUGAUAAUUAUUAAACUUUAAAAUCAAAUAAAUAAUAAACAUCAUAAUCAUAAUAAAAAUAACUUAGAUUUAGUGGUAUUGAAAGAUCAGAUUCUAUUGAUGCACCAGAAGGAUAAGUAGAUGAUUAAUUUGCAUAAAUUAAUGAUGAAAAUUUAAAAUUGAAUGUUAUAAGAGUACAUUACUUUUUUAGUGAAACUACAGAUAUAGAAAAGUUCUUAUCAGAAACAGAAAUUAAAAUGAGAUUAUGUUAAGGUUCAGAAUGGGUUAAUUAUGUUGCAGAAGGAUCUACUAAAACAAUACAUCACUUUAAAAAUUCAUAAAUGGGAGGUCAAAGACAUAGAGCUUAAGUUUUACUAUUUUUUGCAAAUGGUCAUUAUUGCAUAUUAAAUUUAUAAGUUGGAUUGGUACUUAUUGUUUAUUACAUUAGUUUUGUGAUGGUUAAUAUAAUACUGGUAAAUUGAAUCUAUAUAAAUAUAAUAAUGUAUACUUUCCAGAUGACAAUUAUUAUAAUUGCAAUCCCUUUCCUCCUGAAUGGAUGGAAAUAUUUGAUCCUUAGUAUGUUAAUAUGCACAAUACAUUUGAAGAGUAAGUAAAAGAAAUAGAAGCUUACUCUCCAAAAUGUACAAAACAUGAAUUAAAUCAAAUGAUAGAUUUCAAUAAAUAUAAGGAAACUACUAAAUAUAAGGCAGUUAAACCUAAAAUUGAUGCCAAAAAAAGAGAUAUUUAAUCAGCAGCUCCUUAAUAUGGUUCAAAUACUCAAUAAGUAUUACCAAAAUUACCAUAAUCAGCUAAAAAAUAUUCAAAUACAAUGAGAUAAUUUGAUGAAUAACAAUUAUUGUAGCAUUACACAUUAGAAGAAUAGGAUAUAGGAGAAAUAUUAUUUGAAGAGAAGAAAUAGAAUAAGAAAAUUAGUAAAGAGGAUAGAGAAUUUUAUGAAUAACACAAUUUAUAUGAUGAAGAAGCAGAGGAUAGUUAAGAAGAUUAAGAAUUAAAUUUGAGAUUGAAUAAACAAAUUCAAAAAUCAAUGAAAUAGUUGGAUAAUUAAUCAUAAUAAUCUAAUUCUGUGAGACCAAUAAGAUCAGCAUAAUAAUUACCACCAAAAGGACAUAGAUGA